ACGUGUAUGGGUAGAUAAAAUUUUAAAUAAAAUCGGAAUAGAAAUUUAGGUAUUUAAGAUUUAAAAUGGGAAAACCAGGAUUUUCACCAGGUGGCGGUGGUGGAUUUAGAGGGGGUAGAGGAGGUGGUCGAGGAGGAGGUGGUGGUCGUGGUGGAGGCAGAGGAGGUGGAGGAGGUGGAGGAGGUGGAGGAGGUGGCGGUGGUCGAGGUGGUGGUAGAGGUAGCGGUGGAAGAGGUGGAAGCACUCCACGAGGACGUGGAGGUAGAGGAGGAAGGGGACGUGGAGGUGGUGGCUUUAAAGGUGGCAAAACUGUUGUCAUAGAACCACAUCGUCAUGAAGGAGUUUUUAUAGCUAGAGGAAAAGAGGAUGCAUUAGUUACUUUAAACUUAGUACCAGGUUCAGAAGUAUAUGGCGAAAAAAGGAUAAGUGUAGAGGGAGAGAAUGGUGAAAAAAUUGAAUAUAGGGUUUGGAAUCCUUUUAGAUCAAAACUAGCUGCAGCUAUACUCGGAGGAGUAGAUCAAAUUCAUAUGCCGCCUGGCAGCAAAGUUUUAUAUUUAGGAGCUGCAUCUGGAACAACAGUGUCACAUGUAGCAGAUGUUGUUGGUCCAGAAGGAUUGGUAUAUGCUGUAGAAUUUUCUCACAGGUCAGGUAGAGAUCUUAUAAAUGUUGCUAAGAAACGAACAAAUAUCAUUCCUAUAAUAGAAGAUGCAAGGCAUCCUCACAAGUAUAGAAUGUUGGUUGGAAUGGUAGAUACAAUAUUUGCUGAUGUAGCACAACCUGAUCAAGCCAGGAUAGUAUCUUUAAAUGCUCAAUAUUUUUUGAAGAAUGGAGGUCACUUUGUUAUUUCUAUUAAGGCAAGUUGUAUAGAUUCUACAGCUCAACCUGAAGCAGUAUUUGCCUCGGAAGUGAAAAAAUUAAUUGCCGAUAAAUUAAAACCACAGGAACAAAUCACGUUAGAACCGUACGAAAGAGAUCAUGCUGUUGUUGUUGGAGUUUAUAGGCCGCCACCGAAGAAAGCUACCUAAAAUUAUAU